AUCACUGUUCUUAAAACUGUAGUUCAGCGAUUGCAUCUUAUAUAAUUACUAGAGAGAGAGAGAGAGAGAGAGAGAGGAGUUCCAGCAAGCCGCAUAAAUCAGUGCAUCUGGACCAGGAAUUCUAUAGAUUAAAGGUUCCCUGGAUAUGGAACCGAGCUCCAUAGAACUCAAAGUGUUGUCCUGUAAAGAUCUAAGAGCAUUCAAUUUCUUCCAGAAACUCUCAGCUUACACACUCGUCUCGAUUGUAAGUGAUGAUCCCAGCAAAAAACUAGAGCAGAAUCAGCAACAGAGAACUCCAAACGACAUAGAAGGCGAGGGGAAUCCCGAUUGGAAUCAUGAGAUGCGCUUUGAUUUGAAAGAGGUAUCAUUGGAGGAUUAUGACCACCUCUUUAUACAUUUUGAUGUGCGCCAUCAAGGUCUUAUGUUUGGAGACAAGACCAUCGGAGAAGUCCAUGUGCCCUUGAAGGACCUCAUCAAAGAAUCUAACUUUGGUGUUGUCCGGUUCGUGAGUUAUCAGGUCCGGACAACUGACGGAAGACCCAAUGGCGUUUUGAGUUUCUCCUGCAAGGUGAAUGGAAAGGGUAAGAACAGUAAUAUGGGGACUGGUUCCGAGUUUCCCGUGAUUCAUGAUCAGCAAACUUCACAUGAGAUUCAUUAUCCAUCGCUGAAAUUGCAAAAUCUCUCCGAGGAAUGUCUCUCUUUUGCCCCACAGCAAGUUCACUUUUUGCUACCUGGAGUGCAGUACCCAUCCUAUCGAACUCACCAUCCGCCACCAGAUGCCUAUUAUCCGCCGCCGCCGCAUGGGGCGUGUUACCACCCCGCGCCACCUCCGCCUCCACCGCAUCCGCCGCCGCAUGGGGCGUGUUACCACCCCUCUCGUCCACAGUGGGUUUAUCCAUGGGCGCCAAACCCGUACAAACUAGGAGGUGGUUAUGAUUAUUAUGGUGCAGCACAUGGGACCCCUGGAAGCUCCGUCUUAGCAGAGCCACAUGGGAUUGAUAAUGAUGUCGGAGAGGCGUGUUCAAAUUCUGAUUCUCGAGCUGCAAAUGAUCGCGAAGAUCCCUUCCGGAAUGGCAGGUAAAGGAGGGCUUUUAGGAAGUAUUAUAGCUAGUGGUCUCGGCUUUGAAAUGUUGUUGGGCUAGCUGUUCCUCUCUUUUUUGUUUGCUUACCAUCAGUAGCAUUAAUCGAACCGGUUUUAGUAUUUAUUUUUUUUGAAUAA